AUGUUAGCUUUCGAAAAUGUGCUCUGUUUGGGUUCCGGAAUCGAUUACUUUGAUGUAACUAAUGUCGGCCAUGGAAAUGAGUAUAACAUAUCCGCAAGCAUGCCCACGCCAAAUGCCGGAAGACGACGUGUACCACCAGAUCGGCCAACGAGUAGUAGUUGGGUUCGAGAUAACUUUAUCGUUGGUGGUGUGCUUGGUUCAGGUACAUUUGGUAAUGUAUAUCAGAUAAAAUGUCGUCGUGAGCCUGGUACAUCAUAUGCAAUGAAAGAAUUGGCAAGGAACAAUUUACCAAAAUUUAUUGCUACGGAGUUACGCAUUUUGCAACGUUUUGGUGGUGUUCACAACAUUAUGAGGAUUCAUGCAGCUCAUCGAGAACGUGAUCGAGUUUUCAUUGUUAUGGAUUACUUCGAGCAUACUCCUACUAAGGAAAUCAUGGCUUCUGUCACAGUGCCAGAAAUUCUGGAUUAUAUGAAGAAUUUAUUGGAUGCAUUGAGGUAUUUGCAUGGGAAAGGUAUCAUUCAUCGGGAUGUUAAGCCGUCUAAUUUCCUUUACAACCGAUCAAAACAUAAGUAUUGUUUGAUAGAUUUCGGUCUCUGUGAAGAAAUAUCCGUUGGCCAGUCACCGCGUAAACAUAUCGGAGAACGAAAUGCCUUGAAAAAUCUUAAAGUUUCGGGCCAAAAUCAUAAGAUUUGCGAGAAGAAUGAAGUAAGAAAAGGGGUUAAACGGAAGGAAUGUGACUGUCACGGUUUGCCACGUGUGUGUGACAUAUGCACCAAGCGGCCUCGGCUUCAUGUUAACAAAGCUGGAACACCGGGUUUUCGAGCCCCGGAAGUGCUGCUUAAGUACCGACACCAAACUUUUCUGGUUGACAUCUGGUCGGCUGGUAUUACAUUCUUAUCCUUGCUUUGCCGUAAGCAUCCAGUAAUGCGACCAAAUGAUGACUAUGAAGCACUUGGGCAAAUGGCUAUUAUUUUUGGUUCAGAACCAAUUGAACAACUUGCACGGAAAAACAAUUCAAUCUUGUUAGCUAGCUGGGAUUUUCCUGGUCUUGAUAUGGUCAAAUUUGUGAAUGCCGUACGAAAUGAAGAAAUACCUCAGCAAGGCAAAUACUGUGAUACCUGUAGAAACCUAUUUUUCGGCAAUUAUAGUGCGAAAUGCAUGUGUCAUAUAUCCGAAGAACAUUCGCUUAGGCAACUUGCUCCCGAUGAACGUCAGGUAUUUGAAAUAUUGAAAAGGUGUCUUAUCGUUGAUCCAGAAAUGCGAUACACUGCUGAAAUGCUUUCAGCAUCAUUUUCUUAGUGAGAGGAGCUCAUGUUAUUUUAAUAUAAUUUUUUGAAUUUCAUCCUUAUUUUUUUCGAAUGAUUAAAUCAUUGAAGGAGUUAGACGUGGUGUAAUCGGCAAUACUCUUGUUUCUUCAUCAUCCCGUAUAAAUUAUAAACAUUAAAC